ACCUGACCUUGACCAAUGUCACCGUCACCAGUAACGCAGCCUCGGGUGGCGGCGGCGGUGGCGGAGUUACCGCGCCUUACGUCGGUGGCGCGGUCGGUGGCGGGGGUGGCGGGGGCGGCGCUCUCGGCGGACAAUUCGGUGGUCACGGUGGUUCUUCAGGCUUUGGGACCGGCGUGUAUGGCGGUACUUCCGGCACUGCCAACGCCGGCGGCACCGGCGGCGGCUAUCACCCCAGUUACAUGGGCGGCAAAGGCGGUACCAGCGUCGGCGGCGCAGGGGGGGUGGGCGUAGCCAACUACAGCAAUGGCGGGGCCGGUGGCACGGCGAACAAUGGCACUAUUUCCAUUGGCGGCGGUGGUGGCGGCUCCGGUUGGGACAAACCUGGCCGUGCGGGCGCCUCGGCCAGUGGCGCGAGGCAGUGAGUGGUUUCAGCCUGUCGGACUUGAC